ACGUGCCCUUUCACUUUGAAGUUUGAACUCUCCAAAUUCUCUGUCAGUCACCAAAGAAUCGAAUUGGAAUUGGAAUACAGGGAAUUGGGGUUUCGUCUCUCUCACCUUUUUUUUUUUUUCCCCCAUCUCUUCCAAUCUCUCAAACUUUAUCACUCACUCAUUCAAAGCUUUCUUCUUCAAAGCCAAAGAGAAACUUCUCUACACUUUAUAAUAAAUAUAUAUGCACAUAUUUAGUUACAACUAAGAGCCAAAAGGGGUCUAUUUUUCCACCUCCAAGUCCAACUUCUUCUUCUGUAGUGAGAGAUUUGUGUUUGUUUAUAUAAUCUAUUUCAUAAAUUUUUAAAAUCUUUUUUUCCUGCUUUUGAGGUCUCUCGCCGUCUUUGGGAAUUCGGCACUGGCUUUUGUCUGUGCAGAUUGUUGGCUGCAUUAAAAGUGGAUAUCUUUAGGCGUAGUUUUUGACAGGGCUAAGGAGAUCUGUAGCUGAAGAUCUUGCAAUUAUUUCAACGCAUUUAAGUCUCUCUCUCUCUCUCUCUCUCUCUCUCUCUCUCUGUGCAUCAACUGUUGCUCUGUACUGGACUCUCUUCUUUUUUUUUCAUCGGAAAAAGAAGCUGAUAAAUCAAAGUCAAGCUGAGAAAUAAGAUCGUUUUGUUUGGAAGAGAGUGAAAGAUCUAGGCUUUGCUUGCUCGCUCGCUCGCUUUUUCUUCGAACUUUAGAAAGUGACAUAUCGUGCAAGAUCUACCAAGAUUUAGACGUUGCCCUUUUGUGCGAAAACAAAAAGAGUAAAAAAAAAAAAAAAAAAGAGACAAUGUUGCCUCAGAAGCAAGCAGAGGAAGCCAUAGUCUCGAACUUUAGUGAAUCCGAUGGACAUCAUGAAGCCAAGGAAGAAGGGAAAGAAGAAGAAGAGGAGAAUCAGUCAGUGUUUAGUGUCAAGACCUUUCUCUGGCAUGGUGGCUCGGCUUGGGACGCUUGGUUCAGUUGCGCUUCCAAUCAAGUUGCCCAAGUCCUUUUAACACUGCCGUACUCGUUCUCUCAACUGGGUAUGCUCUCAGGACUCAUUCUUCAGGUUUUCUAUGGUCUGCUUGGAAGCUGGACUGCGUAUCUCAUCAGUGUGCUCUAUGUUGAGUACCGAAGCCGAAAGGAGAAAGAGAAUGUCAGCUUCAAGAACCAUGUCAUACAGUGGUUCGAAGUGCUCGAUGGGUUACUCGGCCCUUACUGGAAAGCCUUGGGGCUUGCCUUCAAUUGCACUUUCCUUCUAUUUGGAUCUGUCAUCCAACUCAUUGCUUGUGCAAGUAACAUUUACUACAUCAACGAUAAUUUGGACAAGAGGACUUGGACGUACAUCUUUGGAGCUUGCUGUGCGACAACGGUGUUCAUACCCUCUUUCCACAACUACCGGAUUUGGUCUUUUCUUGGCCUCGGGAUGACCACUUACACUGCUUGGUACCUCGCUAUUGCUGCUCUUACUCAUGGCCAGGCUGAGGGCGUUGUACAUUCUGGUCCGACCAAACUUGUACUUUACUUCACCGGAGCCACCAAUAUACUGUACACCUUCGGUGGUCAUGCCGUGACUGUGGAAAUCAUGCACGCCAUGUGGAAGCCUCAGAAAUUCAAGUACAUAUAUUUGCUGGCCACACUCUACGUUUUCACACUAACACUUCCGUCAGCUGCCUGCGUUUACUGGGCCUUUGGGGAUCAACUCCUCAACCACUCUAACGCCUUCUCUCUCCUCCCCAAGUCGAGAUUCCGUGACGCCGCCGUUAUCCUAAUGCUCAUUCAUCAGUUUAUAACAUUUGGGUUUGCAUGUACGCCUUUGUACUUCGUGUGGGAGAAGGUGAUAGGGAUGCAUGACACAAGGAGCAUCUGUUUAAGGGCUCUGGCUAGACUGCCAGUUGUCGUACCAAUUUGGUUCUUGGCCAUAAUCUUCCCCUUCUUUGGGCCCAUUAACUCAGCUGUUGGGGCUCUUUUGGUUAGCUUCACCGUCUACAUUAUCCCAUCUUUAGCCCAUAUGCUAACAUACAGAAAAGCCUCAGCUCGACAGAAUGCGGCAGAGAAGCCUCCAUUCUUUUUACCAAGCUGGACGGGGAUGUACGUGUUGAAUGCCUUCGUUGUUGUUUGGGUGCUUGUGGUCGGGUUCGGGUUCGGCGGAUGGGCAAGCAUGACCAACUUCAUCAGGCAGAUCGACACCUUCGGGCUCUUUGCCAAGUGCUACCAAUGCAAGCCGCCAACUCAUCCGGGGAACGCCACUGCCGCGGCGCACCCGCAUCACUAAAAAAACAACCUUACUUUGCCGGACAGACUUUCUCCUCAAAUUCUCUCCUCUCAUAUUUUGUACCAUACAUGGGGAAAUAGUAAUAUUUCCCCUACAUGUUAUGUGUG